UUGACAAUCAUAAUAUUGAAUUUAUUCUGGACGCAAAUACAAAAUAUUUCGUUUUAAACAAUACAUGGAUUCAAUUUUUAGUUUUAAAUAUUAAAUUAUAAAUAUAAUAGAAAACAAUUAUAUUUUCGGUAAACUUCGCUUAACUUGUUGACGAAAAUGCUAGAAUAAAGCGCUUAAAAAUAUGGUGGAAGAUACUAGCUUAAAUUCUAAUAAAUCUAAGACAAAAACUGCACGACCAAAGGCUGUGUAUCUUUGGACAGAAGCAGAUGUGCAGAAAUGGCUACGUCGACAUUGUAGUGACUACUAUAACCUGUACUGGGAGAAGUUUCACGAGCAUGACAUAACAGGUCGAGCUUUAGUCCGUAUUAACGACAAUACUCUUCUUCGUAUGGGUAUAACAAACCAAGAGCACAGGGAAGCAAUAUGGCGGGAGAUACUAAAGUUGAGGCUAAAGACUGACAUUGUGGAGAUAAGAGACUUGGAAAGAAGGCACAAUUACUUUAACUUUAAUUUAUAAGAAAAUAAAUUUAGGCAUUUUGAAAUU